UCCAGAAAGAACCUUUGACUUGGUAUUGAGAGUGAAAUGUCAUGCCUCAGCAGAUGAAGAUCCGGAGGUAUUGUGGAAGUUCCCAGAGGACUUUGCAGACCAGGAAGUACUACAGACUGUGCCAAAGUUCUGUUUCCCCUUUGACGUUGAAAGAGUGUCUCAGAAUCAAGUCGGACAGCACUUUGCCUUUGUACUGACAGACAUUGAAAGUAAACAGAGAUUUGGAUUUUGCCGACUCACAUCAGGAGGGAAAAUCUGCUUAUGCAUCCUUAGUUACCUGCCAUGGUUUGAAGUAUAUUACAAGCUUCUAAAUACUCUGGCAGAUUACUUGGCUAAGGAACUGGAAGAUGAUUUGAAUGAAACUCUCAAAUCACUCUAUAACCAGCCAGUACCAAAGGCAAACACUCCUGUCAAUUUGAGUGUGAACCAAGAGAUAUUUAUUGCCAGUGAGCAAGUUCUGAAAGAUCAGCCCUCCCUAGCACGGCAUUCCUACUUCAUUGCCCCUGAUGUAACUGGACUCCCAACAAUACCGGAGAGUAGGAACCUCACGGAGUACUUUGUGGCUGUGGACGCGAACAACAUGCUGCAGCUCUACGCCAGCAUGCUGCACGAGAGGCGCAUCAUCAUCACCUCCGGCAAACUCAGCACCUUAACCGCCUGUCUCCAUGGAUCGGUCGCCCUGCUCUACCCGAUGUACUGGCAGCACAUCUACAUCCCAGCGCUCCCUCCUCAUCUGCUGGACUACUGCUGUGCCCCAAUGCCGUACCUGAUCGGAAUACACUCCAGCCUCAUAGAGAGAGUGAAAAAUAAAUCAUUGGAGGAUGUGGUUAUGUUAAAUGUUGACACAAACACUUUAGAAUCACCAUUUAAUGACUUGAGCAGCCUACCGAGUGACGUGGUCUCGGCCCUGAAAAAUAAACUGAAGAAGCAGUCUACAGCUACAGGGGACGGAGUGGCUAGGGCCUUCCUGAGGGCGCAGGCUGCUUUGUUUGGAUCCUACAGAGAUGCACUGAGAUACAAACCUGGUGAGCCCAUCACGUUCUGUGAGGAGAGUUUCGUCAAGCACCGCUCAAGUCUGAUGAAACAGUUCUUAGAAACCGCAGUUAACCUCCAGCUUUUUAAGCAGUUUAUCGAUGGUCGACUGGCAAAACUAAAUGCAGGAAAGGGUUUCUCUGAUGUAUUUGAAGAAGAGAUCACUUCAGGUGGCUUUUGUGGAGGGAACUCGAGGUCAUAUCAGCAGUGGGUGCAUACAGUCAAGAAAGGAGGUGCACUACUCAACACAGCAAUGACUAAAGCAACCCCCGCUGUGCGAACAGCAUAUAAAUUUGCAAAGAAUCAUGCAAAGCAGGGAAUAAAGGAAGUGAAGAGUAAGCUGAGACACAAGGAAAAUGAGGAUGAUUAUGGGACUUGUUCUGGUUCUGUACAAUAUACGCCCGUCUACACGCUACACAGUGAAAAGGGAAGAAACCUAGCAAGGCGUAAGCUUGCCCAGGUGAGGUUAAGGCCUCUUCAGAGCCUGGACGGUGUUCUGUGUGCUGACAAUGAUGAGGACGCAGAAAGAGCCAGCAAGUUGUCCUCUGAAGACGGAGAAGAAGCGUCUGCUUAUUUCUACGAAAGUGACGACUCUCUUGAAACCAGAGCACAGGCCCCUUCCUCGGGUGAGAUGGACCUGCUGGGCGAGAUCCUGGACACGCUGAGCACGCACAGCCAGGACCAGGGGAAGCUGGCGGCGGCCAGGAGCCUGGACUUCUUUAGGUCGAUGGACGACAUUGAUUACAAGCCCACGAAUAAAUCCAACACGCCCAGUGAGAACAACCUGGCCCUGCUUUGCGGUGGUCCUGGUGACCAGGCCGAGUGGCACCUGGGGCAGGAUGACAGUGCCCUCCACGGCAGGCAGCUCCCGCCCUCGCCCAGGAAGCGGGUGGCCUCCAGCGCAGGGACGGACUCUCUGUCCAUCCUCAAGGAGGAGAAAGGUGAGCGACCCCUCAGCGUUGGUGCCGCAAGCAGGCCCGCGGAGCUGGGAGGGCCGGCCCCCCUUCCAGGACUGGGUUUGCCGCUGGCUUUGCCCGGAGCUUCCCAAACAGAGGAGAAAGAAACACUAAGCCAGACUCCGGGUGGUCCGCUGGUACCCAGCCUUGGGCGCCGUCCGUCUUUUGUUCCUUGGGAGAAAGAAGGGAAAGGAGCCAAAGAGACUUCAGAAGGUUCUGGACUGCUUCAAGAGGUGGUGUCGUUAUGCCACGUAACAUCUGCCUUCCAGCAAGGCUUAAACAUCUCAGAAGGAAAAGCAAAUGGAAACCAAGCUUAA